AGAUGAUGUUACUUCACAAAAUCAUAAAUCAUAACUUCAGUAACUAAUGCUAGAUCCUGUAAAAUUAAUGAAACCAUGAUGUUACUUCACAAACUCAUAGCAAUAGAUGUAUAAACCAUAACAAACACUAGUGAUCGAUCUUUUGAUCUUGAGCAGAUCAAGAAACAAAGUUAUGAACAAGUCAUGACCUAAAGAAAAAACUAUGCAAACACACAGCUUGAGAUUUCAAAUUUUACACAAAAUCCCAUAAACUGAUUCAAACCGGUAUAUCGGUUUGCCAAACCCGUCUUUAAAAUUAGUUUGGUUUUCUAUUUAAUUUUGGUCAACGUAACUUGGUUUAAGACUUUGAGCUGUUAUAAAGUUGUUUUCAGUUAGGAAUAUGAUUGGUGCCUACUCAUAGUGGGACCCUCAUAUGUAAUAAAACAGAGUUCUUUCUGUCUUUCCCCUCUUCAAUGGCGAUUUCCACGUUUAGCUCUCUGCUUCGAUACAGGAAAUGGGCUAAGAGCAAUUGGCUUGUGGCUUCCCUCGGACUCCUCUUGAUUGUGUUCUCCCUCUCUUUCUUCUUAGACCUCACGUCAGACUCUGUCCCUUUCGUUGACCAUAAUCCUCCCAUCACAUCCCCAUCUGAUCUGGUCAAACUCAAGCUGUCUAGUAAAGCUAAAGAGAGAGGAGCAUUUUGCUUGGAUGGAAGCUUGCCUGGUUACCACUUUAGUAAGGGUUCGGGAUCUGGCACCAAAAGCUGGCUUGUUCAUCUUGAGGGUGGAAGCUGGUGCAAUACAAUAGCGUCAUGUUCUGCUCGAGCAAUGACUAGGUUAGGCUCUUCCAACUACUUUGAACAUGAAGUGUCUUUUCAAGGUGUUUUAAGCAGUGACCCAUCUCAAAACCCUGAUUUCUUUAACUGGAACAGAGUUAAGGUACGUUACUGUGAUGGUGCUUCUUUUUCUGGACGUCCUGAAGCUGAAUUCAAGAACGAAACACGUCUUUUCUUCCGGGGCCAGCUUAUUUGGGAGGCGAUUAUUGAUGAACUGUUGUCAAUGGGCAUGUCUAAUGCGAAACAGGGCAUACUUACAGGAUGUUCUGCUGGUGGCUUGGCAUCUCUUAUACAUUGUGACUACUUUAGAGAUCAUCUGCCAAAAGAUGCAUUUGUCAAGUGUGUUUCUGACGGAGGCUUCUUUCUUAACGUGCCUGAUGUCCUUGGAAACCCUACCAUGAGAUCUUUCUAUCGUGAUGUUGUUAAACUACAGGGCCUAGAUAAGAGCUUGGAUCAGAAAUGUGUAGCCAGAACGGAGCCAUCCAAGUGUAUGUUUCCUCAAGAAUUCGUUAACAACAUAAGAACACCAGUCUUUCUUCUCAACGCAGCUUAUGAUUAUUGGCAGAUUCAACAUGUCUUGGUACCAGCUUCUGCUGAUCUAGAUAAAAGUUGGGCAAAGUGUAGACUCAAUAUUAAAGAAUGUGAUGCCAAACAGAUGAAAGUUCUACAUGGUUUUCGCAGCUCUCUAAUGGGUGCCAUUGGGAAGUUUCAUCAGAACAAAGCUGGUGGGAUGUUCAUAGAUUCUUGCUACUCUCAUUCCCAGAUGCUUAAGCCAGUGAUGUGGCACUCCCCAACCUCAACAAGAAUUAAAAAUAAGACAAUUGCGGAGUCUGUAGGUGACUGGUACUUCAACCGCAAACCGGUGAAGCUAAUUGAUUGUCCUUACCCGUGCAACCCUUACUGUUACAACAGGCCUGUUCGUUUCUCUGACGCAGCGUCAGCGGCGACGACCAAUAAUUAACAAGCAGGUGAGAUAAAUUUUAACGGUGUGUUGUUGUAUAGUUGCCGCCGGCGACUUCCAUUGCUCCUCUUUUCUGUAAUUCUAUUGCCGCUGCAAAUAACAGCGUCUCCCACCUCAUACGAGAAGUGACGCAGCGUCCAAUGAUUGCCUUUUUUAACUCUCUAAUUUAAUUGGUUGCUGAGCUGUCAUUAAAAUUUCUUUACAUUUUUGAUCGUUCGUGGUUGACGCAGCGCGUUCUCGAAACGAACAGCACUAACAUGAAUUUCACCUGAAUAUAGCUGCGCUGACCAUCCCCUCUGCUUCUGUAUUUCUUCAUCCAGGAGCAGCCAUUUCAUUGAAUUCUUGAUCCGGUUGAGUCCUAGAGAAAGCUUUGUAUUCUAAUGAAGUUGAUUAGUGAGACAUUAUUACAAUGUCAACAAUCCAUAUUGGCAUAUUUUCUACGUUGGAAUCUCCUGAGAUUGCAUAUUUAUGGUGGUCGUUAUGUAUUGUAACGAGGUUGGUUGUUGUGUAGAUAUUUGAGUUUUUUUUUGGCAACGUAAAAGAAUUUGAAAAUCAUUGCACAAAA